GCAGUCCCGGUCCCGGCCCUCCGCGCGGGUGGGCUUGGAGCAGGCCGCACCGGGCGGGAACCCCACUCCCACCCCGGAGGACCCCUGCCCUUUCUCCCCUUUUCCCCCCGGCCCAUGGUGCAAGGCUGGGAGCCGCCGCCCGGGCCGGACUGCGCUAUCUCUGAAGGGCACAAAUCAGAAAGCACCAUGCCUCCUAAUAAAGAGGCGAGCUGUCUUAAUAGCUCCCCGGCGGGGCUCAUCUGCCUCCCUCCAAUCUCCGAGGAGCUACAACUUGUGUGGACCCAAGCAGCCCAGACCAGUGAGCUGGAUGGCAAUGAACACUUGCUACAAACCUUCAGCUACUUUCCCUAUCCCAGUCUAGCAGACAUUGCCCUUCUCUGCUUACGCUAUGGGUUGCAGAUGGAGAAAGUCAAGACUUGGUUCAUGGCCCAGCGCCUCCGCUGUGGCAUUAGCUGGUCAUCUGAAGAAAUAGAAGAGACUCGAGCCCGAGUGGUCUACCAUCGGGACCAGCUCCAUUUCAAAUCCCUUCUCUCUUUUACUCAUCGUGCAGGGCGGCCCCCAGAGGAGGUGCCUCCUUCUCUGAUGCCACCUCCAGAACAAGUGGGUCUUGGAAUAGUGCCCCUGACUCUUAGUGAGCCCACCCAGAUGAAAGGAUUGAAGGUGGAGCCUGAGGAGUCCUCAGAGCUGCUGAGUCACCAGAAAGCAAAGGAACCCCUGAUGGCACCUGGCAGUGGGACAUUCCCCCACCAAUCCGAUUAUUGGCAGAAUCUUCAAAGCAGUGGCUUCUCUAAGGAGCAGGCAGGCAGGGGUCCCAACCAGUCACAUGGCCUAGGUUCUGCUUCAUGGAAUCACUCCACAGCUGUCCACCAGCCACAUGCUCGGGAUAAGCCCCCACCAAUCUCACUACUUGCUAGUAGUUGUAAGCAGGAGUCAGCAUCUAAUAUGACUCCUCCUUCUCCCUCUACCUCUUCUUCCACUUUCCCAGUACUGGCUAACGGAGCUACUGCCACCUCUAAACCCCUCCAGUCACUGGGCUGUAUCUCACAGCCACUGUCACCCAAUGAACAGGCACUGCCCCCACAUCUGGAGCCAGCCUGGCCCCAAGGGCUAAGACAUAACUCAGUAUCAGGUAGGGUUGGCCCUGCAGAGUACCUUUCCCCAGAUAUGCAACGCCAGCGAAAGACCAAGCGCAAAACCAAAGAGCAGCUGGCUAUCCUCAAGUCUUUUUUUUUACAGUGCCAAUGGGCACGGCGUGAGGAUUACCAUAAAUUAGAACAGAUCACUGGCUUACCUCGACCUGAGAUCAUUCAGUGGUUUGGUGACACACGCUAUGCCUUGAAGCAUGGGCAACUAAAAUGGUUUCGGGACAAUGCAGUACCUGGUGCCCCUAGUUUCCAGGACCCAGCAAUUCCCACACCCCCACCUUCAACCCGCUCCUUGAGUGAAUGGGCUGAGACACCACCUCUGCCGAACCCCCCACCCCCACCGGAUAUACGACCCUUGGAGAGGUACUGGGCAGCUCAUCAACAGCUAUGGGAAAGUGAUAUCCCUCAGCUGAGUCAGGCAUCAAGGCUUAGCACCCAGCAGGUACUGGAUUGGUUUGACUCUCGAUUACCUGAGCCAGCUGAGGUGGUGGUUUGUCUAGAUGAAGAGGAGGAAGAGGAGGAGGAAGAACUGCCAGAAGAUGACGAGGAUGAAGAGGAGGAGGAGGAGGAAGAUGAGGAUGACGAUGAUGAUGUGAUCAUACAGGACUGAGUCGGGGGGACUAGGGGAGGGAAGGUCUGUUACUAAAAGAUGAACCAACUUAGUAACUGUUUAAACAAAGAAACCACAUUUUUUUUAAAUUACCUUGUGGCAAAGGAAAAAAAAAAUACCAUCCAUAUAUCUCUGAAAACUAGAAUUC